GGCUCCCCGUCUGCUCGUAGUUAGACACACACCUUUUUGUCCAGCCCAGAGCAAUUGGUUGUCAAAGUACUCCACCCAAAUCAGGUAUCUGUCAGCUAUGGGAAGCCUCCUCAACCAGUUCUUGAUUGUCGCCCUCCUACAGUGUUCCUUGGCUCAAGCAGAGAGCUCUAGACCUGUAGUGACUUUAAAGACUGGAGCGGUGCGUGGACAUUAUAGGACAGUGAAAGGCACAGAACAGCAGGUGGAAGAGUAUUUAGGCAUCCCAUUUGCUCAUCCACCUUUGGGGCCCUUGCGCUUUGCUGCCCCCUUGCCAGCCGAGUCCUGGGAAGGGGUGAGAGAUGCCACCAAAAUGCCAAAAAUUUGUCUGCAGGAUACAACACGUGUGGAGAAAGUCUGGAAAAACUUCCCUGUUCAGCAUCCAUCAGUAGAAAUGUCAGAGGACUGCCUUUACCUUAAUGUGUACCGACCUGCUGGGGCCGCCCCUGGAGACAAACUACCAGUAAUGGUGUGGAUCCAUGGUGGAGGUCUGGCUUCAGGAGGGGCCUUUCAGUACGACGGUUCAGCCCUGGCAGCUUAUCAGAACGUGGUUGUGGUUGUCAUUCAGUAUCGUCUCAGCAUUUUGGGAUUCCUAAGCACUGGAGACAAACAUGCAUCUGGCAACUGGGGCUUCAUGGAUCAACUAGCCAGUCUUCAGUGGGUUCGUGACAACAUAGCAGCUUUUAAUGGAGACCAAAAUUCAGUCACCAUCUUUGGACAAUCUGCAGGUGGCGCCAGUGUCUCCAUUCUGGCACUGUCUCCUUUGUCUGAGGGUUUGUUCCACAAAGCUAUCGCCAUGAGUGGAGUGGCACCACUGGAGGCCAAGUACACUGACAACCCACUAGCUAUAGCCCAGAUGAUAGCCAAUCUCACCGACUGUGAGAGCAAAGACAACGAGAAACUUGUGCAGUGUAUCAAAGGCAGGUCUGAGGAGGAGAUACUGGGCGCUAUGAAAAAGUUGCUGGCAUUUAUGGGUCCAGCAGUUGACGGCGUGUUCCUGAAAGGUCCACUUGAGGAAAUUUUAAAGAACCAAGAAUUCCAGAAGGUUCCUAUGCUAAUAGGAGUGACCAAUCAUGAGUUUGGAUGGAUGGUCACACAGGCCCUAGGACCUCCCGGUUGGGAUGAAGGAAUGAAAAAGGAAGAUGCAAUAUCAAUGAUGAACCUGCUCUUUCCCUCCCAAGCCUCGGGUGCAAAUGAACUGAUGCUGGAUGAAUACCUGCAACAGAACGACUCUCCACAGAACAUACGGGAUGCUUUCACAGAGAUACUUGGUGACAUGAUCAUUGUUCUUCCCGUACUUCAAGUGGCCACGUACCAUCGAGAUGCAGGUGUGCCUGUAUAUGUCUACGAGUUUCAGCAUUCACCUCUGGUGCACAGUGGGACAAGACCCACUUUUGUCAAGGCAGACCACUAUGAUGAUGUUUUGUUUUUUCUUGGAUCCUACUUUUGUACUGGGCACACUGUGGUUACAGGACCCGUGUCACACGAAGAGGAGGAAUUGAGCAAGCUUGCAAUGGCUUAUGCUGCAAACUUUGCACGCAAUGGGUCUCCAAAUGGACCUGGACUAGUGGAAUGGCCUCUUUAUGACCACGACAAAAACUACCUGAAGCUGAACCUGAGACAGACAGUUGGCCAAGGACUGAAGCAGGACAGAGCUCACUUCUUGGAUGUUGUCCUGCCUGAUAAACUAGCAAAGUCUCAUCAUGCUACUGAUGAACUCUGAUCUGAGACUUCCAUAAAGUGCAACAUACAUUAUCGCGCAAAGAGGGAGAAGACCAUUGCAUUUCACAGUUUGUUAUCAAGAGUGUUUAGAACAUCUUUGAGACUGCAUGUGGUGCAGGUUAAUUUGCCGGACCUCCCACCUUGGACAUUUGGCUUGAUUUGCGCAGGUGCAUUCAAAGACACGCUGAGGUGGCUGAGUCCUGGUCACCUGUUAAAACAGAGACACCGUGUUAAAGUUUUUAUGCCUUCAUUCAGUCUUUAUUUCAGUAAAUAUACCCUUUAUUUCAGGAUAGAAUAUAAACACAUAAACUCCACAUGGUAUGUUGUACCUGAGGUUUGAGGACACGUAGCUCGCUGUGAACCUUUCUGAACUUCUCCUCCAGUUCCAGAUACUUCUCCUUAAGCUUCUCCCUGUCCUUCCGCUCUUUCAAAAAGUCUUCCUUGUAGACUUCUGCCUAAAAAUGGACAAUAAAGAAACACGAUGUAAGGAUUCAAAAGGGAAUUUGCGCAGAAAGAAAUUGAUCAACAUUUUAAGUCAUACCAGUAUCCCUUCCUGCUGAGAGUUGAAAAAUUUGAUACCAUGUUCAUAUCUGUAUGUUAAAAGGUAGAAACAAAACCGCCUGCUAAUACCUCCAAAGCUUAAUUACUAUGUUGUAUGCAUGUAAUAAUUUAUGGUUUUACUGGAGGUUUUCUGUCGGACCAUCUCUUGACUGGGAACAGUGACUUCCGCUCUGGCCAGGCAAACUGUUCCCAGCCGAGAAACAGUCCAGCAUGAGACCUCCCACAAGACCAUAAUUAGUGGUUAGGCCUUUAUUUUUUGUUUGCAUGUUACUUCUUCUUUAGUGCCCAUAGGUGGAUUUUGUUACCUGUACACAGAGACAGACUAGCUGUUUCUAGUCUUGAUGCUAAGCUAGCGACUCCUGCCUGUAGCUUCAUAUCGAAAGAGUAGUAUCAUCUAAGUCUUGGCAAGAAAACAAACAAGCACAGGAAAAUUGCACAUAUCUCAUGAACGAAGCUCACCUGAUGUUUCCAGACAUCCUGCAGUGUUUCACUUCUCACAUCAAGGGGUGGAGUAGUCCUAAGUGCCUCUUCUAGGGCCUAUACAAACAUAUUAAAGUCACUAUAAGGCCAAAGUUGUCCCAGGGAACAAACACUUGAAGCACCCUGGCUCUGAUGAGGAAACCUUUAUGUUACCUUGAUCUAAAACGGAAACACAAAGCAUUACUCGCCUCGUUCAGCCGCCUGAUCUCCUCAUGUUGAUGCUUCCAUCUUCGGGUCAGGGUGCUGUUUUGCGAUCUCAACUCCUUGGCUUCCGUCUCGGCUUUCAGUAACUCAGGGUCAAUCGCAUCUCCGGCCUGAGUGAAUUUUCCGCCGAAAUCAAAUUAUUAUACACGUUUUACAGAUUUAAUACAUGAAAAUGCUUUAAAUUGUAUCUGGAAAUAAAAUGUGGCUUUAUUUACCCUUGCGCUCUCUUUA